CAUUCACACGGACCCGACAGACUUUGUCCUGCCCAAAUGUACUUUUUGUGAGAUAUGGAUAUGGCGAUAAAUUAAAGAUGUCAGGUGUGCUGGCCGAGCCGUUAGGAAGUCUCCACAUAGUAGCAACACUCCGGAGGUUCGUGGACCUGCUCUCGUCGAGCCAGGGGCCCAACGCCGGGCUGAAGGUGGUGGUGACGGGAGGCGGCGUCGCCCUCGUGACGAGCAGCUCUGCGAGGAUCGUCCGGAACCUGCAGCUGGAGGACCCCGUGUGCCUCUUCGUCGGCCAGGUCGUCAAGGCACAGCUGGAGCGUUGCGGUGACUCCGGGCUCUACGCGGGCAUCCUGAUGUGCCGUGUGGUUGAACGCGUGCUGUCUCGCGAGGACAGGCUCGACGUGCAGCGCGCCUCGAGGAUCAUCCAGCGCGUAGCUCUGAAACUUGUGCGGUGUUUGGAAGAGGACGGCGUCAGAAUCCCGGUGGAAUUUUCGUCCGUGGGGCAGAUGCUCGGAGUCGUGAGAUGCGUACUGUCGACCAAGCCAGCGUGCGGUCUGAGGAAAGAUGACCGCGAAUCACUGGCCGUGAGCAUCGUCAAGGCCUUUCUGGGGACGGUGGAAAACGACAUGGGACACGUGAUCGUAACGACGGGCGACGGAGCGAGCGUGGGAUUCCGCGUUUACCGCGGGAUUCUGUAUCAAGCUACGGAUGAAACUUUGCAGUCUUGUUACGAUGGCUGCAAUGUGUCUUUGCUGCUUUUCAACUUUAUGCUAACAGAGAAUCAGAAAGAUGACAAAAUCAGUUCCAAGAGAAGUGUUGAUAUUUCGGCUGAAGACGUCGGAAGGGAAAAUAUGCUUGACGACAUUCUUUCAGUGUUUCGUGAAGCCGUUAAACUGAAUGUGAAGAUCAUCGCAUGUCAGAAAGUGGUUCAUCAAUCACUCAAGAUUUAUCUCAGGAGGAAAGGCAUUUUGUUGUUGGACCGUCUGGGCACAGCUGCGGCCAGUGAGUUGGCGAAGCUGAGUGGCGCUGUUCCGAUCUCUAGUGUUGGCAGCGACGUGAUUGAUUCUCUGGACUCACUGUUGGGACGAGUGGACAGUGUCAGGCUGGUACAUCACGACGGCAAACCUUAUCUCUGCCUGGAGCGCACAGACGGCAACAUCUUGACGUUAUUCAUCAACGCGAUAGGCGAAGAAGCAACGUCAGAGCUACAGGUAUUGUCUCAAUUCUGGAUUAAAUUGGCUCACAUUCCACCUCAAGCUGUGUGUGCACAGAGCUAUUAAAAUAUUUCACCAUGUAGUGCAUUGUUUUUAUUGGUUACUGACUUGAGUAUUUAAAAUCAUUGCAUUUGACACAGUGAAAUUCACACAUGCUGCAUGUGUUUGGUUGGUCAGUAUAGGGUAUUGUAUUGGUGCCAGUAAAUUAAAGUAUAUGUUGAGAAGCUGUUUCAUUUAUCAUUGAGAUGCAUGACUUAGAAUUACAAA